GCAUGCGCAGUUGCUCUUCUUAGCCAAGUGACCGUGAGAAUGUUGUAGUGUGUACGCGGGCUGAGGAGACAUUAUGUCGCUGACAGGAUUUUUACGAUUUCUAAGACAUUCUUUGCAACAAUUGGAGUCCAGUUUAAUACAGACUGCAGGGUUUGACAGGAAUUUAGGUCCAGCUCUAGCAGUGCAUGGACCCAGCCUUCUUCCUCAACCUCAGCACAUUAGAGAUGAUGACAGCUCUGAGCCCAGUUUCCUGGACAGCAUUUUCUGGAUGGCAGCACCCAAAAAGAGACGCACCAUCGAGGUGAAUCGCUGCAGAAGACGGAACCCAAAUAAACUCAUUAAAGUCAAGACGAACAUUGAGCCAUGUCCAGAGUGUGGGAACCUAAAACAGAAGCAUGUUCUCUGUGGGUUCUGCUAUGAGAAGGUCCAAAAGGAGACAUCCAGGAUUCGGAAGCAGAUUGAAAUCAUGGAAGGCCGUCCUCACAACGCACCCACUGUGGACACUGUGGUUCUGUAUGACAAUGAAGCUCCUCGUGAUGUAGACAAGGAGAAGAGAAUAGUGGAGCGAAGCAGAAAACGCCCCUCCUGGUUUAGCCUGUAACUUCUCCUAAGUUUUGUUUUUGUUUUUUUUGUAUAAUAUCUUCAAUAAUAAAGUAUUGAAUCUGUUGGACUGCC